UUCAUGUUACCUUUUGAACGUCAGCAACAACUGGCCUUAUAAAAGGAGAAGUCAAAUGGCAAACGUUCACAUCCACCAGGCAUGAAGGUGUUUGUACUAGCUCUUACCGUGGCCCUUGUGGCUGGUACCCAGGUGAGCUAUGCCCCAGAGUUUGUUCCUGGAAAGACCUACGAGUAUAAAUAUGAAGGGCAUCUUCUGGGGGGCCUGCCUGAGGAGGGCUUGGCGCGGGCUGGCGUAAAGAUCGAGAGCAAAGUUUUAAUUGGGGCAGUAACCCCAGACAGCUACAUUCUGAAGCUUGAAGACCCUGUACUCUAUGAAUACAGUGGGAUCUGGCCCAAGGAAGAUUACCGCCCUGCCACAAAGCUCACUUCAGCCCUAUCUGCUCAACUCUUGACACCUAUCAAGUUUGAGUAUGCCAAUGGUGUGGUUGGUAAAGUGUUUGCGCCUGCCGGUGUCUCUGAAGCUGUGGUAAACAUCUACAGAGGAGUUCUUAACAUCCUUCAGAUGAACAUCAAGAAGACACAGAAUGUGUAUGAGCUGCAAGAGCCUGGAGUUCAGGGUGUAUGCAAGACCCAUUAUGUUAUCAGUGAGGAUUCAAAGGAUGAACGUAUCCACAUUACCAAGACCAGGGACCUGGAUCAGUGUUCAGAUAAAGUGUAUAAGGACAUUGGCAUGGCAGCGUUUUCUGACAGAUGCUCAGAGUGUGUGUCUCGAGGAAAGUCCUUGAAGGGAACGGGUGCUGUUACCUACAUCAUGAAGCCCUUAGCCUCUGGAACUUUGAUCUUGGAGGCAACCUCAUCAGAGCUCAUCCAGUUCUCACCAUUCAACAUCGUUAAUGGCGCUGCCCAGAUGGAGGCUAAGCAAAUCCUGAAGCUCCUGGAAGUCAAAAACACUCCUGUGCAGCCUGUCGAAGCUGACUACCUCCCCCGUGGAUCAUUGGAGUAUGAAAUUAGCACUGAGCUCCUUCAGAACCCAAUUCAGCUUCUGAGGAUCACCAACACUGAGGCUCAGGUAACAUUCCUUUCCUCUCUGGUUUGUACUGGCAGCAUCUUGUAUUCUUUUAUUGAGAAAUAUUGUGCAUCUCAACAGAUAGUUGAAACUCUGAACCAAUUGGUAAGCCUCAAUUUGGGCAAGGCCCAGGAAGAAUCCCCUCUGAAGUAUAUUGAGCUCAUCCAGCUGCUGCGUGUGGCCAAAUACGAGACUAUUGAAGCCCUCUGGACUCGGUUCAAAGCCAGAAGUGAUUACAGACACUGGAUGCUGACCUCCAUCCCAGCCGUUGCUAAUCAUGUGGCUCUGAAGUUCAUCACGGAGAAGGUCGUUGCUGGGGAUUUGACUAAUGUUGAAAUUGCUCAAGCCUUGAUGACAUCCACCCGGUUGGUGACACCUGACCUGGAAGCCGUCAAACUUUUCGAGAGCCUUGCUAUGACUCCCAAGAUUCAAGAAACCCCAUUUUUGAGUGAGACUGCCUUGCUGUUCUACGGCAGCAUGGUUGAUAAGUACUGUGUUCAGCAUCCUUCAUGUCCAGCUGAGCUUGUCAGACCUGUCCAUGAUCUCAUCGUUAAGGCUCUUGAUAGACGUGAAUACGAACAGCUCACUAUCAUUCUCAAAGUUCUGGGUAAUGCUGGACAUCCCAGCAGCCUGAAGCCAAUCAUGAAGCUUCUGCCCGGCUUCGGCAGCACCGCUUCAAGCCUUCCACACAGAGUUCACAUCGAUGCUGUCCUGGCCCUGAGGAAGAUAGCAAAGAGGGAACACAAGAUGAUCCAGGACAUAGUCGUCCAGAUCUUCAUGGACAAGAAUCUUGAGCCAGAGCUCCGCAUGGUAUCUGCCAUCGUGCUCUUUGAGACCAAGCUGCCCAUGGGUCUGGUGACUACUCUUGCUCAGAACCUAUUGAAAGAAUCAAACCUGCAGGUCGCCAGCUUCGUCUACUCUUACAUGAAAGCCCUCGCAAAGACCACCUCUCCUGACCACUCCUCGGUUGCUGCUGCCUGCAAUGUUGCCAUCAGGAUCCUCAGCCCUAAAUUGGACCGACUGAGCUACCGCUUCAGCAGAGCCUUCUAUUACGACACAUAUUACAAUCCUUGGAUGCUGGGUGCUGCUGCCAGCGCCUACUACAUCAAUGAUGUUGCAAGUGUAUUGCCAAGAACCAUCAUGGCUAAAGCUAGCACUUACUUCGCAGGAGUUCACAUUGAUGUUCUUGAGUUUGGAGUAAGAACAGAGGGAGUGCAGGAGGCUCUUUUCAAAGUCCGUGAUCUUCCAGAGGAUGCUGACAGAAUCACAAAGAUGAAACAGGCUAUCAAGGCUCUGACUGAAUGGAGAGCCGAUCCUUCCAGGCAUCCACUGGGCUCCGUGUAUAUCAAAGUUUUAGGACAGGAAAUUGCAUUUGUCAACGUUGACAAAGAAAUUGUUGAGCAGAUUAUUCAGUUUGCAACUGGACUUGAUGUCCCCACCUAUGGCAGAAAGGCCCUGGAUGCUCUGGUGUCUGGUUAUACUCUGAAAUAUUCCAGACCCAUCCUGGCUGCUGAGGUUCGUCGCAUCCUUCCCACUGCUAUUGGUCUACCCAUGGAGCUCAGUUUCUACACUGCUGCUGUGGCUGCUGCAUCUGUUGAAUUGCAUGCCACUGUGUCUCCACCUCUGACCGGGAAAUUCAAUCUUGCACAACUUUUGAAUUCUGACAUUUCCCUGAAGGCUGAUAUUGCUCCAAGUGUUUCCAUGCACACUUAUGCAGCAAUGGGUGUGAACACAGCUUUCCUCCAGGCUACUGUGAUGAUAAGAGCCAAAGUUCACUCAGUUGUUCCUAAGAAGAUUGAGGCAAGACUUGAUGUGAAUAAGGGCUACUUUAACCUCAAGUUCCUGCCAGUUGAGGAUGAUGAAUCAGUUGCUUCUGCACAUAUUGAAACGGUUGCAAUUGCAAGAAAUGUGGAAGAUCUUGCAGAAGCCCAAAUCACACCCAUUCUUCCAGCUGUGCCUCUAAUAAGAAAGAACUCCACCUCAAUUAAUUCAGUGAUGUCCCUUCCUGAAAAUAGCUCUGCAUCAUCUGAAAUCCUUUCUGUUAACAUGCGGAAUCCAAUUAUCAACAACUUUAAACUCCCAAGAGCCUUUGCAAAGAAAUUCUGUAUUGCAGCUCAAACAUUUGGAAUCAAGGCCUGCACUGAGAUUGAGUCUCGUACUGCCACCUUCAUCAGAAACAGCCCAAUCUAUGCCAUAAUAGGAAAUCACACUGUUCAUGCUAAGAUGUAUCCAGCUGCUGGCCCAGUCAUUGAAAGGAUUGAAAUCGAGGUUCAGGUUGGAGAUGAUGCAGCAGAGAAGAUCAUCAAGGUCAUUAACCUGAGCGAGGAAGAGGAAAUUCUUGAAAACAAGAAUGUCCUGAUGAAACUGAAGAAGAUUCUAAUUCCUGGUCUGAAGAACAGCACAACCACUUCAUCCAGCUCCAGCAGCUCCCGCUCCAGCAGCUCUCGCUCCAUCGCCUCCACUUCUUCUACAUCAUCAAAGACAUCGUCCAGCUCCUCUUCUCGCCGCAGAAGUAAGAUGGUUGAUCUUAAUGACCUCAUUGAGAUAACAUCACAAACAUCAUCCAUCAGCUCCUCCAGCAGCUCCUCCAGCAGACGAUCAAGUCGUAGCUCAAGUAGCUCGUCCAGCAGCCGGUCAUCACGUCUGUCCAGCAACGCCUCUUCCAGCUCCAGUUCCUCCAGCUCCAUGUCUAGGCAAGAACUGUUCAAAAUGAACUUCACCAAGCACCACAUCCACCAGCAUUCUAUCUCUGCAGAGCGCGACAGCAGCAAUAGCAGUGCCCAGAGCUUUGAAUCCAUCUAUAACAAGGCCAAAUACCUCUCCAACACGCUGAAGCCCAAAGUCACUGUUCUCAUUCGUGCUAUCAGAGCUGACCAUAAAAAUCAGGGUUACCAGAUUGCAGCUUACUACGACCAAGAAACCGCCAGAGUGCAGGUCAUCAUCGCCAACCUCACAGAGAACGACAACUGGAGAAUCUGUGCUGAUGGUGUGAUGCUGAGCCGCCACAAGCUGAUGGCCAGGGUAGCUUGGGGCAUUGAAUGCAAGCAAUACAAUACAACCUUUACAGCGGAGACUGGUCGCGUUGGUAAGGAGCCUGCCGCACGUGUGAAGAUGGCCUGGGACAGACUCCCCAGAGGCAUGACAAGAUAUGCUGAAUGGUUGUCUCCAUAUCUGUACCGUGCUGCUGAGCUAAGUGGAGUGAACCAGACGAGAGUUGAUAAUGAGCCUAAAGAGAUCAAAUUUAGUGUUUCUGUUGCCAACGAGACAAAAGUGAAUUUAGUGCUGAAGACACCAAAGAAAACUCUUUAUGCACUUGGAGUCCCGGUUCCCGUUUACCUGCCAUUCGGAGACACUGCUUCUGAGCUGGUGGCGUACCAGAACAGCUUGAGUGACCAGAUCAGCUACAUGCUCACCAAGGCUCACGCAGCUGAGUGCAGUGUGAUUAAAGACACAGUAGACACUUUCAACAACAGGAAGUACAAAACCGAGAUGCCUCUCUCCUGCUACCAGGUCCUGGCUCAAGAUUGCACACCCGAGCUUAAAUUCAUGGUCCUGCUGAGGAGAGACCAAACACACGAAAGGAAUGAGAUCAAUGUCAAGAUUGGCAACAUUGACAUCGACAUCUAUGCCAAGGACAACACUAUCAUGGUGAAGGUUAAUGACGUAGAAAUCCCUGAAAGCAACCUGCCGUAUCAGCAUCCAGCAGGCAGCAUAACAAUCACAAAGAAAGAAGACGGCAUCAUCCUCCUUGCUCCCAGCCAUGGUCUUCAGGAGGUCUUCUACAGUUUAAGUGACCUCAAGAUUAAAGUUGUGGACUGGAUGAGAGGUCAGACUUGUGGACUGUGUGGAAAGGCCGACGGGGAGGUCAGACAGGAGUAUCGCACACCUAAUGACCGCAUAGCCAAGAACGCAACCAGCUUCUCUCAUUCCUGGGUUCUCGCUGGAAAGAGUUGCCGUGAUCCUUCUGAGUGCUACAUGCAGCUUGAAUCUGUGAAGCUGGAGAAGAAAGCCAGCCUUCUGGGCGAGGAGGUCAAAUGCUACUCUGUUGAACCUGUCCUGCGCUGUCUGCCCGGCUGCAUGCCUGUGAGAACCACCUCUGUCGCCGUUGGUUACCACUGUGUAUCUCUCGAUUCCAACCUGAACCGCUCUGAUGGUCUCAGCAACAUCUACGAGAAGAGCAUCGACGUGACCGAGACAGCAGAAGCCCACCUGGCAUGUCGCUGCACUCCUCAGUGCACCUAAUCUCACUGCUUUCUGACAUUUUAAGUUUUAUUUUUGUGUUCAUGCAAGCUUGUGUUACUUGAAUAAAGAAACAUGUGCAGUA